AUGGUUCUCCCCUUCCUCCCACUCCCCCUCGCCUUCCACAACGUGUGCUACUGGGUCGACAUGCCGCCCGCCAUGCGCUCCGAAGCCGCCCACUCCCCUGGCAACUCCGCCACCCGCCUGCAGCUUCUGAGAAACGUCUCGGGGGCAUUCCGGCCGAAAGUGCUCACCGCGCUGGUGGGGGUGACGGGCGCGGGGAAAACAACCCUGAUGGAUGUGCUAGCAGGGAGGAAGACCGGGGGGUAUAUUGAGGGAGAGGUGAUGGUGGCGGGGCAUCCCAAGGUGCACUCCACGUUUGCCCGCGUGUCGGGGUACUGCGAGCAGAGCGACAUCCACUCGCCGCAGGUCACGGUGCAUGAGAGCCUGCUCUUCUCCGCCUGGCUGCGCCUUCCCAGAGACAUUGACCGGGACGUGCGCGAGGAAUUCGUGGAGGAGGUGAUGGAGCUGGUGGAGCUGGACGUGCUGAGGGGCGCGCUGGUGGGGCUGCCGGGGGUGAGUGGGCUGAGCACGGAGCAGAGGAAGCGCCUCACCAUCGGGGUCGAGCUCGUGGCCAACCCCUCCAUCAUCUUCAUGGAUGAACCCACCUCUGGGCUGGAUGCGAGGGCAGCGGCCAUAGUGAUGCGCACGGUGCGCAACACAGUGGACACGGGGCGCACUGUGGUGUGCACCAUCCACCAGCCGUCCACCGAUAUCUUUGAAGCCUUUGAUGAGCUGCUCUUAAUGAAGACAGGAGGAGAGGUUAUAUACAUGGGGCCUCUGGGGGUCAACUCGAAGCAUCUCAUCAAGUACUUUCAGGGACAACGAGGCACUGAUCACGUCUCUCUCCAUGCCCUUCCCGGCUCCGUGCCUCUCCACUUCCCCACGCGCUACUCCACCUCCUUCCUCGCUCAAUUCCUCGCCAACCUCUCGAAGCAACCCCUUAUAGACAACGAGGCGCUGAUCGCGUCUCUCUCCACACCCCCUCCCAACUCAGCCCCGCUGCACUUCCCCACACGCUACUCCACCUCCUUCCUCACUCAAUUCCUCGCCAACCUUUGGAAGCGCUCCCUCAUGUACUGGCGCGCGCCCGACUUCAACGCAGUCCGAUUCUUCCUCGCGGUCUGCAUCUCCCUCCUCAUGGGCGCAGUCAUGUUCGGGUUCGGUCACUACCACGCGACGCAGCAGGACGUGCUCAACGUCAUGGGAGCGCUCUAUGUGACGUCGCUGCUCAUGGGGUGGAACGCAGGGACUUCGCUCCAGCCCAUGCUGUGCACCGAGCGCACGGUGUUUUACCGGGAGAGAGCCGCCGGGCUGUAUGGGUCGCUGCCGUACGCGCUAGCGCAGGGCGCGAUCGAGACGCCGUAUGUGGUGGUGGAGACGCUGCUGUUCUGCGUGAUCACCUACGCGCUGCUCCAGCUGGAGUGGACGGCCGCCAAGUUCUGGCUGUACUGCGCGUUCAUUUGCCUGACGCUGCUGUGCUUUGCGAGCUUUGGCAUGAUGGCGGUGGCGAUCACGCCUAAUGAGCUGCUCGCUGUGGUGCUCAGCGGGUUCUUUGUGAUGCUCUGGAACCUCAUGUGCGGCUUCCUCAUCCCCAAGCCGGAAAUUCCCGUGUGGUGGAGCUGGUUCUACUACAUCAAUCCCAUCGCAUGGUCUCUCUACGGCCUCAUCACCUCUCAGCUGGGGAACGUUCAGGACUUGCUCAAAGUACCAGGCUACCCAGUGAAGGUCACCGUGCAGCAGUUUCUGGACCUGUAUCUGGGUUACCAGCCGGAGUGGGUUGGUUAUGCGAGCCUCAUCCUCGUUGCCUUCUCCGCGCUCUUCUUCGUCGUCUUUGCCGUUGCAAUCAAAGUCAUCAACUUCCAAAAACGCUAG